AUGGCUACCAAUAUGAUACCCAUUUGGAAGGUUCCCUUCCCGGCCGUUACGAUCUGCCCACUGAGGAAGACUAGAAUGGAGCUUUUCAACACCACAGAAGUGUAUGAAAUGGUGCGUAAAGGAGAACAAUUGGAUUCCGAAAGAUAUCGUAUGCUACGCGCCUUAUCUCACGUGUGCACAAGAACUCGCACCUGGAUCAAUUUCACCGAGCCGUACGAAGAAGAUCUUGUCGAAACGCUAUACAAUCUGUCGCUACCACUGGAAGAAACUGCUGCCUUAUGCUACUGGCAGAGGAAUGCUGUACCGUGCGAUCAAAUACUAACGGAAAUAUUAACCGACGAGGGUAUUUGUUACAGUUUCAAUGCAAUGGCACCUCACGAGUUGUACCGGAAAGCCUUUGCUGAGUAUGACAGCAUAUUUAGACACAUUCAACAAACUUCGAGUAGUACCUCUUGGGAUGUAACCGAUGGCUACCGUGCGGAUGCCGGAAUAAGAACCUAUCCAUUCAGAUCGCUCGGGAAAGGUACGCGAGAUGGGCUGACAAUCGUAUUGAAGACUAAAAAGAUUGAUAAUGAAUUUUACUGUAAGGGAAUACAGGAUGGCUUUAAAAUUGCAGUGAACGCUCCGUACAAAGCGCCCGCGGUUAGUCAGGGGUACUACACGGUGUAUCCACUGCAGACCGUUUUUAUUAUGGUGAAUCCGGAACUAAUUGAAACAGCAGAUGGCCUGAAAAAGCACUCUUAUGAAAAACGCGAGUGCUUCUUUCAAAGUGAGCGAUCGUUACGAUUCUAUAAGAUCUACAAUCAGGCAAACUGCAUGAUCGAAUGCCUGGCUAAUCAGACCCUCGAGGUGUGCGGUUGCCUCACGUUAAACUUUCCAGGAGAAUACAAUUUGAGAAGAUGCGAUGCGAGUCAGUUGGACUGCAAAGCGAUGGUCGAACGAGAAAUGUACCAUAAGAUUGUGGAUAGUAUUCUACGGAACCAUCCUACGAGUCACUGCGAGUGUCUUCCGGUGUGUCACAGCGUGAAGUACGGUGCUGUGAUAUCGCACACACCGUUCGACUAUACGAAACUGGCUCGGAUAAUAAAAUUGAUUGAUAUUCAUGAGUACGACCUAUCGGUUAUAUUUGUUGCCGUCAAGGAGAGUCACAUUUUGCCGAUGUGGAGACGAGAACUGAUGGAGGUGUCCGAUCUGGUGGCCAAAUGUGGAGGUCUCUUUGCGUUACUAAUGGGUAGUAGUGUUAUAAGUUUUUUGGAGAUUCUCUAUUUUAGUAUUAUACGACCUAUGCGUAGUGAAGAACCGACUAAACAGGUUCUCCCAUGGCGACCGUGA